AUGUUAUUAGAUUUGCUGAGGAAAGUUAUUCCAGGCGACGAGAAAAGCAUCCCUGCAACCUAUUACGAAGUCCACAAGAUUGUUGAUACGCUGAGGCUUGAUUACAAGAAGAUAGAUGCAUGUCCUAACGACUUCAUCCUAUACAAUAAGGGUAGUGAAGCUCUGGAGGAAUGCCCGAUGUGUCAUGUAUCACGUUGGAAAGGAGAACAUACGAGCACAUCCGAAGGCGGUGCAUCCAAUAAGCAGAGCAGAAUCCCUACGAAGGUUCUCCGAUAUUUUCCAAUUAUUCCAGAACGCCGCCCCUCUCACUUCGCUCUCUAUCUCUCUCUCUCCUUUUUCACUUUCUCUCUCCUCCCCCAAAAGACCAGAUCCUGGAACACCACUUACCACCCCUGUUUUAGGGUUUCGCCGCCGCUGACACCCAAAUGCCUUCCCUCAGUUUCUAGGUUAUGGAUGAGGAUUUUGACAGAGGUGACUGUAGAACUGCAAAUAUUUCUGGAGAAUUGGAAACUUGUGCUCGCGGGUCUCAUAUUUCAGUACAUUCAUGGUCUGGCUGUUCAUGGAGUUCACUAUUUACAUCAACCUGGGCCUGUUCUCCAAGAUCUUGGGUUCAUUCUCCUCCCGGUAUUUAAAUACUCUAACAGAUAACAUAUUUUCUGGAUUAAUUAAUCAUAAUUUGUUGAAGAAGCUAUCUAAGUGGACAAAG